CGAUAUCGAAAUUGAGCUAAUAACGCGAUUCGGAUUUCGGAUCAAACAAGGGGAAAGAUUUUUUUUCUCCUUGAUGUAAUCGAUAUAAUUAGUAUUACGACAAUUGUGCUCAUUUGUAAAACUUUGGGCAUUUUAUCAAAGUAGCAAAUUCUAAAUUAGUUAUAUUUGAACUGAAAGGAGAGCCUGUAAACAAUGGGCAAGCACGAAGUAGGCACACCAAAAUACAUAGCUAACAAGAUCAAAGCUAAAGGAUUGCAGAAGCUGAGGUGGUAUUGCCAGAUGUGUCAGAAGCAGUGUCGAGACGAAAAUGGAUUCAAGUGCCACACAAUGUCAGAGUCGCAUCAUCGUCAGCUGUUACUCUUCGCUGACAAUGCACAUCGAUACAUGGAUCAAUUCUCGCGAGAAUUUUCACAGGGAUACCUGAACUUAUUAAAAAGGCAAUUCGGCACCAGACGAGUACCAGCAAAUCGUGUGUACCAGGAAUAUAUUUCGGACAGAGGACACAUACACAUGAACGCGACACAGUGGCUUACCUUGACGGCAUUUGUGAAAUGGCUCGGGCGUACUGGACAGUGUGUCGUUGACGAAACGGAGAAAGGCUGGUACAUAACAUAUGUCGACAGGGAUCCCGAGACACUUGCUGCACAAGAAAGGAAAGCAAAGAAAGAGAAAAUGGACAAGGACGACGAAGAGCGACUGAUGGACUUUAUUGGGAAGCAAGUAGAGAGGGCAAAGCAAGAUACAACAAAGGAAGAUGAAAGCGAAACAUCCAGCACGCCACUGGUACGUCCUGAAAAUGAUGCCCCUUUAGUUCUCGAUAUCAAGUUAAAACCGAAGCCCAAGUUGCUUCCUACAUUCCACACGAAGCAGGAAAAGAUGAAAACGGAAAGUAUCAGCGAGGAGAAGCCUACUUCCAGCAGAUCGAUUGACGAGAACGACAAAAAGCGAAAAACAUUCGGUGACAAGGAGACGGCAGAAUCUACGAAAAAGAUAAAAGACGACAAUAAUCCUCCAGCAACUGAGGGCUGGCUUAAGGAAGGGUUGACGGUCAAAGUGACUACCAAGAGUCUAGGUGACAAAUAUUACAAAGCUAAGGGUAUCGUUCAGUCAGUCGGGAAGGAUGGUUUCGUUGGUAAGGUGAAGCUGAAGACGCCGGAGGACGUUAGCGGACACGUCAUACGGCUCGAUCAGGAAUAUUUGGAGACUGUGAUCCCCGCAAUUGGAAAAGUGGUUCUAAUACUGUGGGGGAAGCACAAAGGCAAAACGGCGACGGUGAAAAAGUUGCACAUCGAGCACUACAGUAUAGAUGUCGAGCUCGAGAAAGACAAGAAGACUGUGGAAAAUCUUCCCUAUGAACAAAUAUGCAAAUAUACAGAUUGAUGAGCAGAAUGUAUGGGAAAAGGACAUUAAAGUGUAUUAGCAUCGUCGGCAAUAUCACGUAUUAUUGCGCUACUCCAAAGAGCACCUGUGUACAAAUUUAAUACUUAAUACAAUGGAAUUUACUGUCAUAUAUGUGAAAUAUUUGACGUCCAGAUUCUGCAAAACGUCCAUCUAAGGCCAAUUUUAUAUUAAAUAUUAAACUUAUUCUUUAUUGAGUGAUAAGUUUAAUCUUUUGUUUGUCUUUUUUAUUGAAUACAUAUCAGUUAUGUGUAAUGAGUAAUGAGCUUGAGAUUAAAUAAUUAUGAGUCCUUUAUUAUAGCAGAGGGUCCAUUUAAAGGAUUGUUAAAAAGCAAUAAUUUUAAUCUCUUUUAUAAAUUACAUUUUGUAAAUAUAUACAUUACAAUCAUCACUGAUAUAUGAAUAUGUGUAUAGCAAGUAGAGAACCCGAAUUGUAACAUAAGUGAGAAAUAUACGAAUGCAUUUACAA